CUACAGACAUGGCAGCCGGCUCCCAUUGCUCUCUCCUGAUGAAUGAUGGAAAGAGGAUCCCGGUCGUUGGGUUUGGGACCUAUGCUCCGGAAUACAUCCCAGUAUCCCAGAGUGAAAGAGCCACAGAAGUCGCUAUCGAGGUUGGGUUUCGCCACAUCGAUGGGGCUCAUGUUUAUGGAAAUGAGAAAGAGGUCGGUCGGGCCAUUCAGAAGAAGAUUGCAGAUGGGACAGUGAAACGGGAAGACCUCUUCUACACUGGGAAGUUAUGGUCAACGUUCCACCAGCCAGAACUGGUGGAACCAAAUGUGAGGCAGUCUUUGGAAGCCCUGCAGCUGGAAUACAUGGAUCUCUUUCUCAUCCACUGGCCCUUUUCCUGCAAGGCUGGAGGAGAUUUCAUCCCUAUGGAUGGAAAUGGGAAAGUGUUGCUGGACACCAGUAUGGACCUGUGCGCCGUGUGGGAGGCCAUGGAGAAGUGCAAAGAUGCCGGUUUGGUAAAAUCUAUCGGAGUUUCCAAUUUUAAUCGCCGCCAGUUGGAAAAGAUUCUCAAUAAGCCCGGACUGAAGUAUAAGCCAGUCUGCAACCAGGUGGAAUGUCACCCUUACCUAAACCAGAGCAGACUGCUGGGGUACUGCAAGUCUAAGGACAUCCUGCUCUCCGGGUACAGCGUACUGGGGUCACACAGGCACAAGGACUGGGUGGAUCAGAGCCUCCCGCUGCUGCUGGAAGAUGCUACUUUAGCUGAAAUAGGCAAGAAGUACAACAAAUCUCCGGCGCAUGUCGCCAUCCGCUACCAGAUUCAGCGCGGAGUUGUGGCCAUCACCAAAAGUUAUACUCCAGAGAGGAUCAGGGAAAACUUCAAGCGGAUCAGUCCCAGGGGAAUCAGCCACACACGCAGGAUGUCUGUUGCCAAACGGGAGAGUGCAGGCGCCCAACUCACCAAAGACUCCUGCCUUCUUCUCAAUGAUGGAAACAGGAUGCCAGUGAUAGGACUAGGCACAUUCACCCCAUGUAACCCUCCUGAUGAAGUGCCUGGACAAACCUCCCCUGCAGCCUCUGGUAACAAGACCUCUUACACAAUGGACCAGACUCUCCAGGAUACCGUGCAGAAGGCUGUAAAGACUGCGCUGGAUAUUGGUUACCGCCAUGUGGAUGGAGCUUAUUUCUAUAUGUCGGAGGGAGCUAUUGGAAGAGCCGUUCAGGAGAAGUUAUCUGAGGGGACCUUAAAGCGGGAAGAUCUGUUCUACACAACUAAGCUGUGGUGCACUUUCUUCCGGCCCCACCUUGUGCGCCCUGCUAUAGAAAAGUCUCUUCAGUCUCUCCAGAUGGACUAUGUUGACCUGUGCAUCAUCCAUCACCCCACAUCAUUAAAGCCAGGAGAAGAUAUUUGUCCCGCCAGUGAGGAUUGGACAGCCCAUUUUGAUAACGCUGACCUUCGCCAGACCUGGGAGGCUCUGGAGCAGUGCAAAGACGCUGGGCUGGUGAAGUCGAUCGGAGUGUCCAACUUUAACCGCAAAGGGCUGGAGCUGAUCCUAAAUAAGCCGGGACUGAAAUACAAGCCGGUCUGCAAUCAGAUAGAAUGUCACCCGUACCUGAACGAGAAUGAGCUGCUGGACUUCUGUAAAUCUGAAGAGAUCGCUCUUGUUUGCUAUGGGGUGAUGGGAACGCCGGCAGUUGCAGAAUGGACGGAUAAGAAUCCGAGUCUAUUGACAGAUCCCGUCCUGCUAUCGAUCGGUGAGAAGUACAAGAAAAGUCCUGGGCAGGUAGCCAUUCGCUAUACCAUUCAGAGGGGCUGCGCGGCCAUAGUGAAGAGCUUCACUCCUGGACGCAUCCUGCAGAACAUACAGGUUUUCGACUUCAAUCUCAGCCCGGAAGAAAUGAAAGCCAUCGACAAUCUCAACAGAAACCUCCGCUACUACAAAUACACAAUGUGGGACGGUCACCCUCAGCUACAAUAUCACACCAUGUCCUAGAUGUGGAACGCGUCUGCGCUCAGUACUCGUCCUUGAAGGGAUAUUCUGGAUGGUCGCUCCACCUAAAUAACACACACUAUUAUCAGGACUCCUUCUCUGUCCUACGCGUUCCACCGCUGCAAAGUAUCUUCAGUAUUUAUCAUUGCCAUGAGUUAUAAACAUAUAGUAAUUACACUAAUGCUAAUGCUUUCUAUGCACCACAUUAAAUAAGUAUAUAAAAUUCUUCAUAUUUGUAUAAUAUUUAUUCAUUAUGGAGUCUAUGCAAUUCCUGAUGGCUCCUCUCCGAAGGAGAGCAUCCUACAGUUCAUUAUUCAAUUUGCGGGCGUUUUCCCCAUUCUUUUGCCCCGUUUUCGACAUGCCAAUCUGACUUCUUUUAAAUUUCAAUUGGCAUGGGCGAAAAUGGAACAAAAAACUGUUGAAAAAGCACCCAAAUUCGCAAAAACAGGUGGAUAGGCAGUAAAUUCGCCAAUCCACCUGUUUUUUGACAUGUCUGGAUUUCCGACAAGUCUAAAAAAUGGCACUUAGAUUGAAUAGGGUGAAUCGAAAUUCACCCUAAAAAUGGCGAAAAGUGAAGUUUUUUCAAAUUAUCGGAUAUUCCAACAGGAACUGAAUAGACCCCUAUGUGAGGCGUAUAAUACUGUAUGUCAAUAUAUAUUCAGAGACUUUUGGCAGAUCCCCCCUCUCCCUGGCUAGUCUGUUAUACUCACAUCAACAGCUCCACGUAGCGAAUGUUUUUGUUCAAAGCUUCAAUCUCCUUCAUCUCCUUAUCCGUCAGAGAAAAGUCAAAAAUCUGCAUUUACAGGAAAAUAAAAUAAAGAUUUGCAUUUA